UACCUAAGGAAUCAUUUAUAUAGCAAGAGCAGGAGCAGGAGCUACCAACAUAAAACAGACUUUUCAUAAUUUCGACUUCCUCUUUUAAUUCAAGACAAACCUCUAGAUACCCAGAUAUCUUCUUGCAAACUUCGCUAUGAAUAUUCCCCAGGAAUGUACUAUUCUUGUCGUCGGCGGCGGCCCUUCGGGAUCAUACACUGCUGCGGCUUUGGCGCGUGAAGGUCUUGACGUUGUGCUCCUCGAGGCCGAAACUUUUCCAAGAUAUCAUGUCGGUGAAAGCAUGCUCCCAUCCGUACGGCCUUUCCUAAAGUUCAUCGACGGCUAUGAAAAGUGGGCUGCGCAUGGAUUCCGAGUCAAGAAUGGUGGCGCCUUCAAACUUGAUCAUUCCCACCCGGACACAUACACCGAUUUCAUUGCGUCUGGAGGACCCGACGGGUACGCAUGGAACGUAAUUCGUUCCGAGAGCGACGAGCUGCUCUUCAAACAUGCUAGCAGUUGUGGUGUGAAAACCUUCGAUUCUACCAAGGUUAACGAUAUCCAGUUCGAGCCUUCUAACGCGCCGUCGAAUUUUGACGGGCAAAACCCGGGGCGUCCGGUUUCCGCAACCUGGGCACGGAAGGACGGGAGCUCGGGAAUAAUACGUUUCGAAUAUCUAGUCGACGCUAGCGGAAGACAUGGGAUCCUAAGUACUAGAUAUCUGAAGAACCGCAAGUUUAACCAAGGUCUGAAGAAUAUCGCCAACUGGGGAUACUGGAAGGGUGCCGGAGUAUAUGCCCCUGGCACUUAUAAAGAAGGCUCGCCAUAUUUUGAGGCCUUGACUGAUGCUAGCGGAUGGUGUUGGUUUAUCCCUUUACACGAUGGAACUCACUCCGUGGGCAUCGUACGAAACCAAGAAAUAGCCACAGCCAAGAAACGGGAAGCGGGUUUAUCAUCUACUAAGGAGCUUUACAUACAAUCACUUAACCUCCUACCUGGAACGAAAGAGCUUUUGUCCAAGGGUGAACUGAUCUCCAACAUCAGGUCAGCGUCUGAUUGGUCAUACAGUGCUUCCAGCUAUGCUUUCCCCUAUGCGCGCAUCGCAGGAGAUGCAGGUAGCUUCAUCGACCCGUUCUUCUCUUCAGGUGUGCAUUUGGCCUUGAAUGGUGGUCUGUCUGCCGCCGUUACCAUUGCCGCUUCUAUACGAGGAGACUGCGACGAAGCGACCGCUGCCUCGUGGCACAGUAAGAAAAUUUCGGACAGCUACAAUCGCUUCUUACUGGUUGUGCUUAGCACUACUAAGCAAAUCAGGCAUCAAAACCGACCUGUCAUCCACGAUUUUGAUGAGGAUAGUUUCGAGAGAGCUUUCCAACUCUUCCGGCCCGUUAUCCAGGGGGCCGUUGACGCCAAUGCCGCCGUAAAGCCUACACAAGAAGAAAUAUCCAAAACUGUGGAGUUUUGUUUCCGGUCUCUUUCUGAUAUCCCGCCUGAACACAAGGACGCUCUCAUCGAGAAACUGAAGAGUCUUGGCGUGGAGGGCGAAGCUAACGACGAGAAAGCUCCACGCGCGAUCGAGGACAUCGAGAAGAAUCUCAGGCCGGAGGAAUCGCAGAUUUUGAAUAUUCUGCGUGGUCGUCGGAUGCUGAGGAAUGAAGACUCGAUCAGUCUUGUGAACUUUACUCUUGACUCGAUUGACGGGCUGGCUCCCAGGCUGGAGCGGGGGAAACUGGGCCUUGUUGAGGCAGCACCAGCGAAGGCAAGUAAAGUACAAUUAUACUCGGCCUCGUUUCUUAGAGGCGGCCGGCCUGAUAUUCGGACCCAGAGAGGCGACAAGGUUUCGCAGGCAUUGGGCAACGAGAAUGGUGCCAGCAAAUACAGGCUAUCUCGCAAGAUCUUGCUAUCAUAACGGCCAUUCGAGGCUGAUGGUUUAGGAUAUUGCCUUUUAGCAAUAUUUUUGACUUUGUUAAGCAGCCCUCUAUCAUCUUCGAUGAAUUGUCCGUACCGUCAGUAUACUGCUUGACAGAGGUACUUAAAGGGGUAGGAACUUGUACGUACCUAGGUACCUAACCUAUAGUAGGGAUAGAUAGAGGUCCUUCUAUAAAUCUGAUUGGAGAGGUAUAUUCCAACUAAAGUUAGCUGUGCAGUUGCCAAUUUUAGAAAUUUACCUGGUAUAUGAGGCGAAUUGAUAAUCGAGGGAGCAUAAUGGAUAUCUCUAUUAUGUCCUCGAGUCCUCAAGUGUGAGAAGAGCACAAAUGGGAGGUAUCUAAUGUACUCUCCACUUAUACCCGUACUAUCCCAGGAAGA